AUGCGACAACAUCUAUCCGAUGGUGGUGAUGAAAACCAUCCUGUCCAUCACCAUCAUCCCAAUAACUUUCAUGACAUGAAUUGGAUGGACUUGUACGAUGACUUGAGGAGUCGUACCGAUUUUCCAUCGUUCAUAUCGACUGGUACAAGAAGGACAAAAAUUGAAACACGAGCAGUUGAUUUAACACAAAUUCCGAAUCAAAUUGAUUAUAUUUCAAUUGUAAUUAUUAUGGGGUCGGUGUUUGUGGUGUUAUUUUUAUUGAUUUUAGUGACGUGUGUAAUUUUGAGAAAUUCGAAACGAAAGUACAGAUUUUACCAAUUUCAAAAACGAGAAAAGACACACAGAGAUUUUGAUAAGGAAUUUUUCAAGCCAAGCACCACACGAAAAUCUAUCUCCACAGUCAUCCAAGGUUAUUCCAUUCAAUCCAAAGAAAUUUCCAUGGAUUGGAAACCACCUGUUUUUGCUCUCAAACCUUUACCUCAUUUUCCACAUUUAUUUGUAGCCAACAGCUCGGAUCCAAAAUAUGAAGGAUUUGUUUUUUAUUACAAAGCUCGUGAAUCUUUAGUGAGUUCCAUUUCAAACGAUGUGGCUGCUAUGAUUAAUCGAACAACAGGACAUCAAUCUUUAGAAUUUGCAGUAAGUGAAAGAAGAAUGGAAUAUUCUAAAAUUAAUGCUGCAUCAUCGAGCCAUUUGAAUGAACUAUCUGAGGAUUUUAAAUCAGCUCAAUCCUCACUUCCAGGACAAGCAGCAUCUUCGAAUUACAUGUCUCAACCCGUUGGAGUUUCCUUAAUGAGUCAUUCAACGUCGUUUGCAAGUAAUGGCAAUGUGGUUCAAACACCACCUAACACACUACCUCACACAAGAAGUAAUUUGAACUUGUCUGCAAAUUCCACGUCAACGGUCAUUCAUCAUCAACCAGCUAUUGUCACAACAUCAUCACAACCCAUUCCCAACAAUAUCGUUCCUUCAGACUCUUCCAAAAACAUCAUGUCACUCCACAUGGACGAAAUGUACAGAAUUACUCAACGAAAUUAUUUCUCAUUUCGAGAGUUUGUUUUAUAUUCACCCCUUUUAAUUGAGAGAUCUAUCACUUGUCGUGAUCCUGAAUUAUUUUUCCCAGCCAAUUUGACUCUAAGGCAAUACAUUACAAAUAUUGUUUUUGUGAAAUUUAAACACAUCGCAAAUAAUCCUGAAUUACAUGAUGUCUGGAUGGAAUAUAUUGAAACCUUUGAGAGAUGUAAAUAUUCGGAUAAUGGAGUUUCAAAAAGGAAGCCAACUCUAUUGCAACAACAAAAGCACGACUCAAUUCCAAGUCAUAAUAACUCUCGCCCUCCUUCAAAGUCACACCUUUUCUCAACAAGCCAACCACAGACGCACCAAAAUUUGCAUGGAGGCAACAAAGGUCUUACUGAGGAAGAAUUUACCAUCUUUCUAGGUCAUUUGUGGAUGCUUUUGAAUUUGAAAUACCAUCAUCCCAACACGAAAUAA